AUGCUUGUGAGGUUUUUAAUUCUCCUUGUAUUUGUAGUUGGCAUGGUUUAUGCCGAGCCAUAUAACUGCAAAGGUAAUUAUAUUCAAACAGACUACAUUGGUAAACUUCGAGUUCCAAUUAAUUGCGAUCUUACGCGUACAGACUGUCCGUCUUCUUGGAAGUCGGGAAUUCCUGAAGGCAGCGAAACAUCUAUGCCAAUGAUUGACCAAAAAUUUCUGAACUGUCAUGAAGGUUUUACUUCGUGUGCAUACGUCCCGAUCGAUCCAAAAUCUGGCGCAGUCCUUGGGCAAAGUGGCGUUACGGUUGGUGCUGGUGUUGAUCUUGGAAGCAAGUCGAGGGCGUCUUUCACGUCAUUGUCAAGCACACUUGUUGACAAACUUGAACCUUACUUUGGUUUGAAACGAAAUCUCGCUGCCUGUGCUGCGAUUGAACGUCCCUUGAGACUAACGCUAGCGGACGCAAACAAUUUAACACGUACAGUUACAAACGAUGUGGUUACUGAAGUUUCAAAAAGAUACGACAGCGAUAAAGAUGACAAUGCGCUGGCGUUUGCAUCAGUUCCUCGCGGUAUUCGUACAGCCAUCGUCAGCCUUUGGUAUCAGUUUGGUUAUCCUACGGCUUAUCCAAGGUUUUGGAGAUUUGUGACGAAAAACGAUUGGGACAAUGCAAUAAAAGAAUUGAGAAAUUUCUACAAGAAUCCGAACGAGCAGGCUAGAGGAGACUUGAUCAGACGAAACAACGAAGCGGACAUAAUUGAAGCAACUCUUGUGAGAUGCAACCGCUCUGUUGACGUUGUUUUCUUGAUAGACGAGUCUGGCAGUGUUUCCCUCGGAGACUUUAAUGACAGCCUCGAUUUUGUAAAGAACAUGAUAAAAGCAUUUCCAGAUGAUAAACUCAGCGGGGAAAAUGGCACUAGAUUCGGUUUGUCCACAUUCAGUACUCUCUAUAAAUCACAUUUCUAUCUAUCAGACAACACAGAUCAGUCGGAAUACCUUUCUGCAGUCAGUCAAGUGUCGUACACCCAUGGAUCUACCUAUCUUGGUGAUGCUCUAGAACACGUCUUAACCGAUCAAUUCACCGAAGGACGAGGUUUGCGUCCAGAAGUAGAUGGCGUACCUCGUGUUUUGAUUGUUCUAACGGACGGCGAAGCGAACGACGCUGUUUCAAUUCCAGCAAAGAAUGUGAGAAAUGAAAACAUCGUUAUUUAUGCAAUUGGAAUCGGCGAAUAUAAUUUUGAACAACUUAAAGAGAUUGCUUCUUCUGAGUCACACGUGUACACGCUGUCUACUUUUACGGAACUUGAGAAAUUCAUUUCCACGCUAACGUCAUCAACAUGCUAUGAACCCCGUCCUGUUUCUCUUAACGAGACCAUAAUAACGAAUGUAGCGAAGGACACGUAUCAGUAUUUCAGUUACAAAGUAAAGGAAUCUUCAAACCUCGAAAUCAGUGUAGCCGAUUUAUCUGGUAGCACGCUUGUUUACGUCUCUCGCACUAAUCCUCACCCUUACAAGUACGACAAUGACAUUUCCUUCGACCUUUCACAGCAAAAGAAGAAAAUCAUCGUCAUUUCAGCUCGUCCCACACCAGAUACAAAGGGAAAACGGUCAACCGACGACGACGAGCUCACACGACAAAUCUAUGUCUCGGUAACUUCCGACACUGACUCGGCUUCGUUCGAGAUUGAAGCCAAUGAAUGUAAUCCCUUGAACUGUACGGAGGGAACAAAUGAAAUGCCUACACCUCCGAUAUCCUCAGGUGGUAUUUUUACUGCUACAAAGUUCGUGGUGGUAGGUUUUGCGAUCUUGUUGAUGCUUUUUGAACGAUAUGACAUUUGAACAUUGACUUUUUGAAAUAUAAAUGGACAAUUAGUUGUAAACAUGCAUUAAUAUAAGUAAUGAUAAUUGCAGGUAUGUAAAUGUUAAGCAUUUCCUUAAUUUAUUGCAGCUACAAACACUAAAUUAAUUUCAACACAGGUGCUUUCGAAAGAAUCAAGGUAAGAUAUCAAUUAGGUGGUAUGCCCAUUUUAAACAAAAUGAGCAUUUUCCAGACGCAAAAAUCAACAUACACGUGCAAUCUAUGAUGUGAUAUAGUAGCAAAAGCAGUAACAAGCUAAUAAUUUUGAACAUGAACCGACGUAAAGUUAAAUAAAGAACUAUAUAUAGAACAAAGAAUCACAGCAGAAAUCUCGCGAAUGACGUUGAAAGUCUCAAGUCUGAACACUUAAUUAAUUAGACAGUUUAACAGCAUGUGCAUGUCCGUCUGUUGCACGGGUUAGAAAUCAUAAUACUUUUUGCAUUGCUUGAAAUUUAACUAAGCUACAAAACCGAUAGGUUUAGCUUAGUCGGGAGAGCUUUGCCUCAUAAUCGAAAGGUUGAAAAGUCCAAUCAAGGUAUGAGUAGCAGAUUCCACACUUUUCAGAAUGGAACAUGUUAGACUUGUCAUUGUGCUGAAUUUCGAAUAGAUGGGAAAACUACAACAGCCUCGUCUAAAACAGCCUGGUUAACCUAGAAAUAACCCUAUAGCUGCAGGUUAUCUCAAUAUUCCUGGUUAAAUUUCCUGCUUAUUUUACCUCAUUUCCUAAACAGUCUGGUCAAGGUAACUGGGCAUCUGGUUAUAAUUCACCAGAACUUGAGACAGACUAUGUUAGGUGGAUAAAUGACCAGGCCCCGAAAUUUUCAUUGUACUGCGCAGUGUCAGAAUAAAUAUGAAACUAGAUAUUCAACUGUCUGAGGAUGGUUCAGAAACAGCAAUAAUGUAUUUAUGAAUGAAAUUCCAAAUUUCUUGGAAGAGAAAAUUAAUCCAUUUGUAACAAACAACAGAUUGGAUUGCGCUUCUCGACUUUUGACAUUUCAUAAUUCGGCACGCUUUCAAGUCAUCAGGGUUUCACCAAACAGCCUGUAAUCUGCGUAGGAUAUGCAUCACCAAGUUUAAGGAGACAAUUGUAACACAUGUUUUGAAAUUUCGAAGACUUUCCAGAUUUAUAAAACCUGUUUACCGUUUACUAUAACGUUAAAAUGCAGCGAAUGUUACGCCAUAACAAUGAAGUUCAAUAACUUAAUGGUCUACUGGCUACGGUAAACAUACGAUAAUCCUUGUUUAUGUUUCAUCUUCUCUUUCUGAGUACUAGGAGUUGCCCAGAAUAGCUAUUCAAAUUGCACUUGUUCUCAUUGGUCAGUUCAGUUUAUUCAAGUGGAUUGGUCGUACUAUAUAAAUUGCGCUAUUAGCCAAGCCUUUUCUUUCACACAAAAGUGUUGGCUGUUUACGCACCCUUACUGCCUUAGUCGGUACGACUUUAGUUAAAAUGCUUGUGAGGUAUUUAAUUCUUCUUGUAUUUGUGCUUGGCAUAAUUUACGCCGAGCCAUACAACUGCAGAGGUAUUUAUAAUCCAUCAGAUUACAUUGGUAAACUUCGAACAGUUAGACUGCCCGUCUUCUUGGAAGUCGGGAAUUCCUGAAGGCAGCGCAUCAUCUCCGCCAAUGAUUGAUCAGAAGUUUCUGAACUGUCAUGAAGGUUUUACUUUGUGUGGAUACGUCCCGAUCGAUCCAAAAUCUGGCGAAGUUCUUGGACAAAGUGGCGUUACGGUUGGCGCUGGUGUUGAUUUUGGAAGCAAGUCGAGGGCGUAUUUCACGUCAUUGAGUAUAAGCCCCGCACUUGUUGACAAAGUUGAACCUUAUUUUGGUUUGGAACGAAAUCUCGCUGCUUGUGCUGCAAUUGAACGUCCCUUGAGACUAACGCUAGUGGAGGCAAACACUUUGACAGACGCUGUCAGAGGCGAUUUUGUCAAUAAAGUUUCAACAAAAUACGACAGCGAUAAAGAUGAGAAUGCGCUGGCGUUUGCAUCAGUUCCUCGCGGUAUUCGUACAGCCAUCGUCAGCGUUUGGUAUCAGUUUGGUUAUCCUUCGGCUAAAACGUAUCCAAACUUCUGGGGAUUUGUGACGACAAAUGAUUGGGAGAAUGCGAUAAAAGAACUGAGAAAUUUCUACAAGAAUCCAAACGAGCAGGCUAGAGGAGAUUUGAUCAGACGAAACAACGAAGCGGACAUAAUUGAAGCGACUCUUUUGAAAUGCAACCGCUCUGUUGACAUUGUUUUCUUGAUAGACGCGUCUGGCAGUGUUGGAAGCACAAACUUUCAAGAAUGCCUCGAUUUUGUAAAGAACAUGACAAAAGCAUUUCCAGAUCAGAAACUCAGUGGAAAAGAUGGCACCAGAUUCGGUUUGUCCACAUUCAGUUCCAGCUACAGAUCACAUUUCUAUUUAUCAAGCUACACAAAGCAGUCAGCCUACGUUUCCGCAGUUAAUCGAGUUUUCUACUCCGGUGGAGGUACCCAACUUGGUGAAGCUCUACAAGACAUCUUAACCGAUCAAUUCACAGAAAAACGAGGUCUGCGUCCAGAGGUAGAUGGCGUACCUCGUGUUUUGAUUGUUCUAACGGAUGGUCAAUCACAUGACAGUGUUUCAAUUCCAGCAAAGAAAGUGAGAGAUGAAAAUAUCGUUGUUUAUGGGAUUGGAGUUGGCGGGUAUGAUCUUGAACAACUUGAAGACAUUGCAACUUCUAAAUCACACGUUUACACACUGUCUACUUUUACCGAUCUUGAGAUAUUUAUUUCCACGCUAACGGCGUCAACAUGCUAUGAACCCCGUCCUGCGUCUCUUAACGAGACCAUUAUAACAGAUGUAGAAAAGGACACGUAUCAGUAUUUCAGUUACAAAGUAAGCGAAUCUUCAAACCUCGAGAUCAAUGUAGUCGAUUUAUCUGGUAGCACGCUUGUUUACGUCUCUCGAACUAAUCCUCACCCUUACAAGUACGACAAUGACAUUUCCUACGAUCUUUCAACGCAAACGAACAAGAUCAUCGUCAUUUCAGCUCGGCCCAUACCAGAUACAAGGAGAAAACGGUCAACCGACGACGAUCUCACACGACAAAUCUUUGUCUCGGUAACUUCCGACACCGACUCGGCUUCGUUCAAAAUUGAAGGCAACGAAUGUAAUCCAUUGAACUGCACGGAGGGAACGAAUGAAAUGCCUCUGACAUCCUCAGCUCGUGUUGUUGUUGCUACAAAGUUCGCCGUGAUAUGUUUUGCGAUGUUGAUGGUGCUUUUUCGAAUAUAUGACAUUUGAACAUUGUCUCGUUUAUUUCUUAAGAUACAAAUAUAGGCGAGGACCUUUCAUUAUUUUCAUAUUCAGUCUUAGUUAAUUAAUGAUCUUUGCACGUAUGUUAAUUUUAAGCAUUUUCUUACAGUCGUCGCAAUGAAAGUGUUCCUACAAUAUUUUAUCAAUUCUUUUUCUCACACGAACCAAUUUAUUUGAUCAGUUAUUCAAAAAAUUGACAAUUUCCUGUAUAAUUGAUAAACUUCCUGUUGAAUGCAUCAAUCACCUUUGGUUUUGGUGCAAUUGACCAAUCAGGAAGAGACAGGAAGUGGCCAGAAAUGAUCAAAUACAGAAAGUUGAAGAUAAUUGGUCAACCGUCUCAAUGAAUUGGUUUGUGUGAGCAAAUAAAUUGGUAGAAUAUUUUAGGAAUACCUCCAUGGCCAAACUGUAAGAUUAUUAUAUAGCAAACAUAGACAUGUAGAUUUUUUGCACUCUUAUAUCGUCAUUCUAUUGUGACAGAUAAUCCCAGUAUAUUCAAUUUAAGUAAUAUUAAAAAAAUGUGUGGCUCUGACGCUCUGUUUUGUUGCCCAGUAAAUACUUGCCAAAUGUUUCAUUUCCCACCAUGCAGUCGUCAAUUAUUGGGUGGAGGCCUAGUGAAAUUUCAUAAAGGAGGGCCGCCCAAAAAUAGUCGACCCCUUUCAAAUACAGGGUCAAAAAUCUUGGCCCGCCCCAAAACCGUAGCGCUCCCCUGAAGUGUGGCUUCUUUCCAAUCGGUCAUUCAUCGAUAUUUUUCAUGAUGGAAAUUAAUUUCAACACAGGUGCUUUUCAACUUUUGUCAGACAGUCGAAAGCAGUUGUGUUGAAAUUAAUGCGUAAGAUAUAUGAGUCGGGUGGUGAGAGCACUUGCGCAGACACAAAAAUUAAUAUGCCGGUAUAGUGCAGAGUAAAGUGAAAACCAGUUAUAAGCGAUUCUUUAUUUGAAAUACCACCAAUAUGACCGCUGUGACGUAACGUGCAAUCGAUCUGUUCACAGCGCUAAUAAUGAUAUGUGAAGUGGAAAAUAAGUAACAAAGAAUGAAUUAAAUGCUUGAGGGGGCACGCGCAGGUGCAAUAUAGAAUCUGGAGAUUACAGAAGGGUGAGUAGAACUGUAAAAUGGCCCUUUCGCUCAGUUCUUUCCGGCGGCCAAGGUCGGGGAAAACACCCACUCACUUCUGAAUGAAGACUUAAUUUAACGAGAGUUAUACACAUGCCAGUUUACACUGAUAAAUUUGUGCCUCUCAAACUGUUCUAAUAUACUAUGAACCUAUAAACUACUGUUUAUAUAUACUGUACAUAUUUCUACUCAGGAGUAAAAAACUAUUAUACUAUGUUACAUCUAAAAUAUAUAGAAGAUUAUGUGAUAAAAUUAUCAAUGUUUUUGUAGCUCUCCUUCAAGAGCAGUUUCAUGUUGUGUUUAAAUGAUGCCACGGAUUCUUUUUCACUCGCUGUCUUAGGUAACUGGUUCCAUUGUUUUAUGGUCGUAACAGCAAAUUUACGACCACCUUCAGUCUCUCCCUUAUAUUUAGGGCAUAGGAAAUUAAGAUUACUGUAUCUAGUAGCUUUACUAUUUAGACUAGAAUUUAGUUUUAACAUAGUCCCAAAGGUAAAAUUCUCUUUCGUAUUCCAGUUUGUAUACUUAUGUCGCUGGUUCACAGUUUGUUCAUAACUUACUUUCACUAAGCAAAGAGGUGAGGGCUGGGAAAUAGGUAGACUUGGUUCAAGUCCGUCUCUCAAGGGUUGAAAAUAGCGAUGCACGCAAACGGCAAAAAAAGGCGCGAAAAUAUGAGAGAAAAGUAGGCAGAGAUGACGGACUUGGAUACCCUGCAAGCGCACCAAAAUUUACCGUCGGAUUUUUCCUACGGAGGCGUGGCUUGCCAGUUGAAAACAACAACAAAUUUUCGCGCCAAUUUUUGCAAGUAACAUUCGAAAUGCUGCGAAUGUCCCAAGUCCGUCUCUCCCUACUUUUCUCCUGAGACGCACUUGAAGCAAGUCUAGAAAAUAGGAUACUAUUUACUUGUCUCACUUGAUUACAUGAACUCAUUUGCAUAGUGCCAAUAUGCAUGCAUAAUCAAUCUCGAAUAACCAUUACCCAUUGUGCUUUUCGCGCUUAGAGAUCGAAGUUUUGAGAUUGUGAGUUCUGACCUUCAAAGGACAACGUUAAUUGAAUUGGCUGUAUAUAUAGAAGAGAAUUGUGGAAAAUCUCUGAUUGUGCGAAAAAAAUGUUAAUUACCCCCAGAGCGCCAAAAUGCGAAGAAGUGUAUAUAGAAGCGCUGGAGGGAUUUUGUAGACGAAAUUCAGAGUGUAAAUCUCUUUUUAACUUAACUUAACCAGGAGCAGCUGCGAAAAAUGCAACUGUAUGCGAUUCCGGUGCAGCUCUCUAACCAACUGAGCUACAGAGUCCCUGUUGUGGAGCUCUAACCACAAGUUCAUGUAAAUUAUAUUAAGCUCAUGCCAGUGUAUAUGAUGUCGUAUAUAUGCAUUGGGAGCUCUACUUCGUAGAAGUUUUUUAUAAUAUUUACAUGGCGCAUUUCACUACGCUUUACAUUGCGCAUUAGGGAAUGUACGAUAGAAAGACAAGAUAUAAAAGCCUCUGCGGACGAAUGAUUAUUCGGAAAACCCCAGUUUGUUCAGUUUUAAGGGCGCAAGAGCUGUGUAGGUAAUUGGCGCGUGUCGGAGUGAACGAGGUGUGAACGCUGAACGAAACAUUUCGUAAUGUACAACAACAACUUUAUAUUCCAACCAAAAGCAUAUUAAUUUCAAAUUCAAUUUUAGAUUCUAGUAAACUAGCUACGUUGGUGUUAACCAUGCAUAAGGGCUUAUCAGAAAGUAUAGCAUAUUUUUGACCUGGCAGCGUCUCAAAUAUUUUCCUUAACAGUUUAUAUUAAAGACCGAUAUAAUUAUAGUGUGCCCUAUUAUUCUAUUGAAAUGAGAAACCUAAAGGGAUCAGAAACCAAAAGCAAAAACAUAACAUCACAGCAAAAAUCUAUCCGCGCGAAUCACUGUUGCAGCGCAAUAAUUAUAACCAAAAUAUCUAGAGAUAAUUCGUGAUCGAGGCUCCGAUUGCAAUUUAUGAAUAAGGUCUAUACAAACCUACAUUUUAGGCUUGUAAAUAUUAGCAGAAAGCGUGCGUGUAUUUUCGCGCGAGUUUGGUAAAUGAUUUUCAAAACGGGUUUAAGAGUUCAAUAAAUUGAAAUCAGCAAUGUAUUUAUGAAUGAAAUCCUGAAUUCGAAAUUUCUUGGAAGAGAAAAUUAGUUGCCUUUCCUCAUACAGAAAUUAUGUGGGCUAUUACAGAUUUAAAUGUAAUCAUCGCAAAUGCGCGACAUAGGAAAAAAUAGGUACGCAUUGCGUACACGUGGCUAGUGUUAAACAGCAAAAGAUAAUAACAGGCUGAUUAACAGUAACUGGACAAAACAACUUCUGAUUUGUUGAAGGAUAUUUGUACGGAUACCCCAGCUUUCUUGCGCUAUGCUCCUUAAUAUCCAGUCGUUAUCCCUGAGAGCUGCCUCGUACCCAAACGUCUCGUUGUAAAAAAACAGCGAUGCGCGUAUGACGAGUAUACUUCACUGAAGUAUUGUAGUGGCGAGAGAAAGGUGAAGGGGCUGAUGGGAAAUGUAUACCCUUCCCAACAGCGCCUUCUCGCGUCGCCUACCUGCCCGUAUUAUAUUUAAUGUAUACUUAAAGCGCCUGGGACUGGGUACGAGGCAACCUGAGUAGUGAGUAUCCUCACGAGGAAAAUACAAAAGAAACGAAUGUUUAAUCAAUGUUUGUAAAUCGGAUAAAGAUUUGUCCUGAUUUACAUAAACUUCUGCGAAUUUUCUCGGCUUAGACAAUGUUUAUUUUUAAAAUUACUAUGCCAAUGAAGUCAUAAGAUGGGUCGUUGUUUAAGCACGUUAAAACAUUCGCAGAUCGCCUUAUGGUUUAACUAGUACCUAAACAGGGGCGCAACAACAAUUGCUGUUAUGGCUGCUUUUUCCAUACAGUGGCCUAUGAGAAAGUACUAUUGAAACUUUAUGCUGAGGGAUUCUCGAAAAACUCUCUACAAUGGAUAACAAAUUAUCUCAAUGGAAGGCGGCAGUUCGUCCAAAUUGAUAUUGAUGACCGCGUAUCGGAAAAGAUAAUUGUCACAUCUGGGGGACCGCAAAGGUCAAUCCUAUGCCCUGUCUCAUUUAAUUUAUACGUUAAUGAUUCAAAUGAGAAACUGUCUAAAUCAGUGAAAUCUCACCAAUACGCAGACGACACUACCACGUAUGGCCAUUGCAAGCCAAACACACUACAACAAUGUCAAUCUCGACAAUCUGAUAUGCAGAUAGCAUUGGAUGCAAUGGAGUCCUGGUCUACAGAUUCCAACUUGACACUCAAUGCUUCGAAGACCAAAGCCACGGCAUUUUCCACGCAGCAAAUGUCUCGUGUCCAUAAAUUGGAAAACUGCGACCGAACCAGUCUUGAGAGACUUUCGUCUGUUAAAUUGUUGGGCACACAGAUGAACCAACAGUUAUCCUGGACAUGCAGAACACGUUAAUAAAGCAAUAUCUUCGUGUUAUUCCAUCCUCGCUGUAUUACGAAAAUUAAAACAUAUGGCGCUUUAGUAAAGAAACAACUCGCUGAAUGCCUAGUUCUAUCGAGACUAGAUUAUAACAGCUCGGUCCUGGAACCUCUUGCAGUAUAUUUGAUGAAGAGAUUAACGCGGGUGCAACCAUCAACAGCAGGUUUUGUGACCAAUCGCUAUGCCACCGAUAAUGAUGUAAUAAAAUUAUCUAUGAAUAUUUAAAGAUGCGGUAAAGUCCGUUCUGCGCAUAUAUUCUGCGCAUCAAAACAUUCCAUCAGUGGGAGAGCAACCUUUGGAAUGUUGUUAAUAUUUCGCUCUUUCCGAACUUUCUUGAAUUGAAUCUCUAGUCUGUAUUCAUUUACAAGCAUAACGAACCAGAAAAGUGUUAAAAAUUCAGUAUAAUAUAUAUCUAAUCAUAUUUUACAACUGUAGCAGUGAGUUAAAAAUGUAAACAAAGCGUUUGUUUACAUUACGGACUUUACAUCACCUUUAAGGAGUAAGAAACGUUCGCGCACACGUUAUCAUACAAUCGUUAUAGGCCAUGUUUUUACUCUCGAAGUAAUCAUAAUAAAAAAGGCGGUUGAAACAUUUAGCAUAAGCGUAUUGAAACGUUCCUGUUAUUAAAGGUAUAUGUGCGGCCGUAUGCCGCUAUUGUCGCGUCAAUUUACCCUUUAAAUAUUAGCAAUAUGAAUAUAUAGUUUGAAUUAUGAAUCCUUUAGCUUUUAGCCCUGUUACAUGCAAAAUAUGCAAUAUCGUAGACUUUUAAAUAUGUCAGACGCAAUUUGACACCCAACUUGUGACAGUUUAUAAUAUGAACAUAGUUGCUUUCUCCAAAUUUCUUCCCCCCAAAACGAUUUUCUCUUUACACCUUGGCGAAUUCAGUUCUGUGAUUUACAAAUCGAAUGGCUAAAUGUAUGUGUAUUAAACUCACGAAAGACUGUUUUUAAUUUGCGAUAAUCGGUUACAAAGUUCACGUUCUACCCUGUACGUCGACGUCAUGAGAUAAAUCUCUGGUUAACAAACUCUAGUAGUACCAAUAAUAACAAAAUUUCAGUUGAUAUGGUCAUUUGGAUGCAACUACCGGGAAGCGAAGACCCGACGAAGAGCCGUCGCUCGAAACGUCGAAUUUGUCGUUGUAUUUUCAGGUAGUUGCUUCUAUCUCAACCGACGUUUUGUAGAGUAUUGACUACUUCACAGUUUUAUAUUUCACAAGCAAUCUGAUAUCCACGAGACCUGAGUCUACGAUAGCAUAUAGAGAUGAUUUCUGCCUCAAAAACAUAGGUUUUUUCUUUGCGCUUUGACAAAACUAGUUCUGCGAUUUACAAUUCGGGCAUAAACAAAAAUAUCGCGUAAUAAACGCAAGAAAAGACUGUUUUAUAUCAUAAACGUUCGCAUUUCGCAAUAUUUGUAUGAUGGCUGUCUCGUGACCAUGAUUGAUGAUCGGGAUUUUCCGAAAUCAAGUCGAACUCGAAAAACAAAGAAUCGGUACACCCUCGACCUACCGUCAAUUUCCGAAGUGGACAUCCUCACAUCACAUAAAAUUGAACUGCGUUUUAAAAAUAAUUGUCAAUUGCUCCUGUUUCAUUGUCUCCUUCACUGCUGUUUUGGCUGUUUCGGUGAGAUUUUAGUUACAAUGCUCGUGAGAUUUUCAAUUCUUCUUGUAUUUGGGCUUGGCAUGGUUUAUGCUGAUCCACACAAAUGCACAAGUGGAUAUAAACCAUCAGAUUACAUCGGUAAACGUCGAGUUCCAACAAAUUGCAAAGUUGAACAGCUGGACUGCCCAACUUCCUGGAAGUCCGGAAUUCCUCAAGGCAGCGAAACAUCAGCACCCAUGAUUGACCAGAAGUUUCUGAACUGUCAUGAAGGUUUCACUCUGUGCGGAUACGUCCCAAUCGAUCCAAAAUCUGGUGACGUCCUUGGCCAUAGUGGCGUUACGGUUGGUGCUGGUGUUGAUUUUGGAAGCAAGUCGAUGGCGUCUGUCACGUCAUUGUCAAGCACACUGGUUGACAAACUUGAACCUUACUUUGGUUUGAAACGAAAUCUCGCUGCUUGUGCUGCGAUUGAACGUCCUUUGAACCUAACGCUAGCGCAGGCAAACACUUUGACAAAUGCUGCUACAAACGAUGUGGUUACUGAAGUUUCAAAAAGAUACGACAGCGAUAAAGAUGUGAACGAGUUGGCGUUUGCAUCAGUUCCUCGCGGUAUUCGUACAGCCAUCGUCAGCGUUUGGUAUCAGUUUGGUUAUCCUACAUCUUAUCCACGUUUUUGGAAUUUUGUGACGAAAAACGAUUGGGACAAUGCGAUAAAAGAAUUGAGAAAUUUUUACGAGAAUGAGAACGAGCAGGCCAGAGGAGAUUUGAAAAGACGAAACGACGAAGCGGACAUAAUUGAAGCGACUCUUGUGAAAUGCAACCGCUCUGUUGACGUUGUUUUCUUGAUAGACGAGUCUGGCAGUGUUGGGGGCAUAAACUUUCAAGAAAGCCUCGAUUUUGUAAAGAACAUGACAAAAGCAUUUCCAGAUGAGAAACUCAGUGGAAAAGAUGGUACCAGAUUCGGUUUGUCUACAUUCAGUUCCAGCUACAGAUCACAUUUCUAUUUAUCAAACUACACAAAUCAGUCAGCCUACCUUUCCGCAAUCAGUCGAGUUUCCUAUUCCAGUGGAGGUACCCAACUUGGUCGAGCUCUACAACACAUCUUAACCGAUCAAUUCACCGAAGAACGAGGUCUGCGUCCAGAGGUAGAUGGCGUUCCUCGUAUUUUGAUUGUUUUAACGGACGGUCAAUCGCAUGACAAUGUUUCAAUUCCAGCAAAGAAUGUAAGAGAUGAAAACAUCGUUGUUUAUGCAAUUGGAAUCGGCGGGUAUAGUCUUGGACAACUUGAAGACAUUGCUACUUCUAAAUCACACGUUUACACACUGUCUACUUUUACCGAUCUUGAGAUAUUUAUUUCCACGCUAACAGCGGCAACAUGCUAUGAACCCCUUCCUGUACCUCUUAACGAGACAAUAACAACAAAUGUAGCAGAGGGUACAUAUCAGUAUUUCAGAUACAAAGUGAAGCCAUCUUCAAACCUCGAGAUCAAUGUGGUCGAUUUAUCUGGUAGCACAAUUGUUUACGUCUCUCGGACGAAUCCUCACCCUUACAAGUACGACUACGACAUUGUCUACGACGCUUCAACCCAAACGGACAAAAUCAUCGUCAUUUCACCCAUUAUACCUGUAGCAAAUACAAAGCCAAAAGUGAAACGGUCAGCUGACGACGAGCUCACACGACAAAUCUAUGUCUCGGUAACUUCCGACACCGACUCGGCUUCGUUCAAGAUUGAAGGCAACGAAUGUAAUCCCUUGAAUUGUACGGAGGGAACAAAUGAAAUGCCCACAACUCAACCUCCUACCACUCA